UCUGCCCAGGGCGAGGUUGACGAGUGGCCAAAACUGCCGUCAUGUUGGGCAGGUGAGAAGGGUGCAUGCAGGGGAUGGGAGCAACGGGACACAGGACAGGAUUCAAUUGUAGCACUGCACUGCACACAUAAACAAACAAAUAUAUGCGUGUGCUCUGUUUGCGUUAUAUCCAGACCAAAACGCAGGCCCGGCCGGGAGAUUCAAAUUCAGCUUAGGCCCAACCUAGAUGAUUUCGAAUGCGACCCCAUUGCACCAACUCGAUCCUCCAACUUCAAUGUUCUGCUUCCGCGACGCAAAAUAGACCGCGUUCUAGCCUCCGACCCCCUGUCCUGCCGCGGCCGCGCUAUCGUUCCAGCGUCCAAGCACCCAAAAAUCAAUUGAAUUUCAGCAGCCACGACCCGCCGCCACAGCAACAGUGGGAAGCGUCAUAUCAACGACAGUCUGGUGGGAAACGGGUAACCUGGUGGCGCCUGCCCUCCUGAUCGGGUCGAUUGCAGCGGGCUCCAUCCAUUGCCGAGCAGGCGGAAUUGGAGCACAGUGAGGAGCACGUCUGAAGUAGCGAGCCGGGCCAGAGCAGGCACAGGUCCAGGUGACCUGACCUUCGUCAACAGCCGCCGGCGUCAGAAGACAAAAUUCCGUCCCUUCCCAUCCUCUUCCCAGCCCGUUUCCGGUCGGGCUCGUUUAAAUCCUGGCUUGCUAUGGGAGAGCUCGCAAGCCGCAUCAGGGCCAAGUUUAAGCGACGGGCCUCGGCCUCUCCCUCAAUCGAGUCGCCAACGGGGAGCGACAGACACAGCCCACCCGCCGGUCGCCCGCGCUCGCUCGCUGGCAGCCAGCGCCCUGUCUCCUUCGCCGAGAGGCUCCCGUCCAGCCGCAGUAACCACACCGACAAUGCCUACGACGAUGUUCUCUCAUCCAUAAUACAGGACCAGGACCCGAGCGCUGGCCCCCGGCCGCUGCAACAAUCCCCACUCCCGCCCGCCGCGGCGCCAACGCCAGCACCAGCACCAACACCCGCACCACAGCCAGAGCAGCAGCCGGGGCAGGAGCCUACGCGCGAGGGGGGAGCGAAGGAGGAGGAGGAGGAGGCACAACCAGCCACAAACGGGCACUCUUGCCCUGGCGCGGUGGCAGAAGCAGCAGACGUUGACGGGCCCAUGUCAAAUCCAGGGCCGGAACUCCAGUCCGAGCCUGAGCCUGAGCCAGCAGCGCAACAAAAUUCAGAGGCACAGCCAGGACUAGAACCAGAACAGACAGCUCCGGUUCCUGGUGCUCCAGACCCGGCCGCACCAGCACCCGCCAAGACAGAGGCUGUGCCGGCAACCGACGGCAAGCAACCAUCGACAGCUAAUGUAAACAUUAAUCGUAAUAGCUUUCCCGUCACGGACGAGCGCGAGGGGGCCGGCGAACAAGACCAGCAACAUCAGCAGAGUUUGCCAGAACCGGCCGACGGGCCUGCGCCAAUGUCUCUCGCGCCAACUGACUCCGCCGAGCAGCAGCAGCGCCUGACGGGCGAUUCAGAUUGUGCGGACCAACGUGCCGGCGACAAGAUGGGGAAGGAUCUGCAGCCCACCCUUCCCAGCAUCCAUGAGCAUCCCCAGGAUCCCCUGACCAGCACCGACUCGACCACCACCACAACAGACGACGACGACUUGUUCCUGUGUUCGUACCCCGCGAGUCCUGGCACCGGCACCGGCAGCGGUACACCCACCCCUAAAGCUCCGGUCGCCUCCUUGUCGUCCGUCCCUAGACCCUACGGCCCCGACGCCACUCAAGCACUGCGCGUCACUGCAGAAUCCCAGUCAUACCAGCUGGGUUUGUCGACGUCCCCUGUCGCCGCCGCCCGCCAUCCGCUGAUCCCGCCCAUCGCCGCCUCUGCGCCCGACAUCCACGUUGGCCCACGCCGCCUCUCGGUCACCUCCCAUAGCUACGCGACCACCGGGCGACCACCUCCGCCGAUCCCCCAGCCGGCCCCGCCGCCGGCCCCGUCCGGCCUGCAGGCCUUGCAGCUGCUCCAGACCCUACUCGGCGGAGGCUCCCGCGCAGAUGAGUCGCUCGGCAUGAAUGGCAAUCAAUUGGCCGGUAUGCCGAACAAGAGAAAGAUCUGGGUCAGGCGGCCCAGCGCCUCGGCGACUCUGAUCACUAUCAAUGAGGAUGAUGUCGUCGACGACCUGCGCGACUUGAUCUUGCGCAAGUACGCAAACUCGCUCGGCCGCCAGUUCGACUCUCCCGAUCUGACACUGCGCAUCAUCCCGCGCGAGCAGCAGCGCGAGCGCGUCCUUGGCCCAGACGAGCACAUGAUCCGGACCCUCGAGGCCUACUUCCCUGGAGGCCAGACCGUCGAGGAGGCCCUCAUCAUAGACGUGCCGCUGCGUCGGACACCUAGGCCGUCUCCCCGCUCCGGCCCGCCGCACCUACAGAUGAACGCCGUCUACUACGGUCCGCCCUCCGAGGACAAUCGGCCGCCCGAGAACGGCACCGACUACUUCGGCCCGGCCGUUGUCAACAGCGUCACCCUCCCCAACGGCGUCACGGCCCACCCUCACAGCAUCAGCGUUAUCAACACGGGUCAGAUCCCGCAGAUCCCCUCGCCUGGUGGGACAAGGACUCGCGCAUAUAGGGAAAGGCCCGACCGUCCGCGUCUCGGCCGGCAGCACACGUCGUCGCCUACGAUCCUGAACCUUAUGAGCGCUCAGCAGGCCGCCCAGCUAGCCGCAAACGCAAACAUCGAUCAAGCCGCCCCGCCGCCCCCGACCGCCCCGCCGAUGCCGACGCCUCCAGCCGCAGAUCCCAACAUACAGGUCGUCGCAACCCCGCCGCCUGGAGCGCCGGCUAGGGUAGCGUCACCUCGCCCCAUUGCCGCUCGGCCUAAGAAGCCGAAGAAGGCGAUCGAGCACCCGCUCCUACCGCUGGGCAUCUUUAGUGGAGGUGUACCGCCCAUCAACGUGCUCAUUGUUGAAGACAAUCCCAUCAAUCUGCGACUGCUCGAGGUUUUUGUAAAGAGACUCAAGGUUCGCUGGCAAACCGCCGUCAACGGCCGCGAGGCAGUAGACAAGUGGCGCCAGGGCGGCUUCCACCUGGUGCUCAUGGACAUUCAAUUGCCAGUCAUGUCAGGGCUCGACGCCACGCGCGAAAUCCGCAGGCUCGAGCGCGUGAACUCGAUUGGCGUUUUUUCGUCCUCUGCCAGCAGCGCGCCUGACGAUGUCAGGGGCGAGCCCGGGGACGAGGAUAAGCUCCCCAACCCGGAAAAUUUUAAGAGCCCCGUCAUCAUCGUCGCCCUGACGGCUAGUUCUCUUCAGAGCGACAGGCAUGAGGCGCUCGCGGCCGGAUGCAAUGACUUUUUGACCAAACCCGUUAAUUUUGUUUGGUUUGAGAAAAAGAUCAUGGAAUGGGGCUGCAUGCAGGCCCUCAUUGACUUUGACGGCUGGAGGCAGUGGAAAGACUUUGCACAAAAGCAUCUCCACGAUACCGAGUCCAAGAAAGUGGCAUCCACCAAGGCAAAAAGCCAAAAGAGCCGCUCAUCCACCGCCACAGGCACAAGCAACUCGACGCUGUAACGGCCGAGGCGGUCGACGAAGUAAUCACGGAAACCCGAGGAAAGCCCCAGAACUCAACAGGGGUACCGAAAUACACGAUAUGGCUCCUCCUUCCUGCUGGUUGGGUGUUUCACUUGCCCGGUAUCAUAAUCCUUUUUCAGUCUUCUCUUCUCGAGAACCUGUCUACCAUACCGGGGUUAUCAUGGAAACGAACCAUGGAAGUCUUCACCAGGAGGGUGACUUUGUUCACAGAUGGCAAGCAGAGACGUGCGGACACACAACAUUAUCUUGCGAUGUAAACGACAGCGAGCGAGCGAUGGUGUUUUGCAAUUCGGCUCAGGAGGCUUGUGGGGCAGGGCGUUUCCUUUGCACUGAGGCGGGGGCUGGGAUAAACCCCUACACCUGCCCGCCCAGAUGUUUACGAUGUCUGGGCUGUAAUCCGGCUGGGCUGGCACUGGCGUUUGAUCUAGCUUUGUCGCGAUGAUAUAUCACCUUGGUUGUCGUCAACCAUGCUCCUCUUAAUCCCUUCAUACCUUUACCACUUCCUGUACGGUCAAAGGGUGUGCUCUCCCUCAACGAUAGUAUCGCACUGAAAAAUCAUUCUAGUAUAUUGUAAACCG